GCUUUUCCCUACUCUCUCCACACCCAUCCCCCCCCCAAACAGUCCCAUUGAGCGCGUAUUUGUCCUCAAUCCGACUUUCAAAAUGUUCGCUCGUCAAGCUUUCCGCUGCUCUCAGUCUCUGAAGCAGGGCUUCCGCAAGUACUCGACGGAGGCACCCAAGGCCAAGGCCUCCUUGGCUCCCAUCUACGUCGGUGUCGGUCUUGCCGGUCUCGGUGUUGGUCUGUACCGCUACAACUCGGCCUCCUCUGCCACCGCCGAGGCCCCCGUCGUCCGCGAGAAGGUUUUCAAGGGAGGUGACCAGGGAUGGUUCGACCUGAAGCUGUCCGAGAUCGAGGUUCUCAACCACAACACCAAGCGCUUGCGCUUCGAAUUCGAGGACAAGGAGGCUAUCUCUGGUCUUCAGGUUGCUUCUGCUCUCUUGACCAAGUUCAAGCCCGUCGAUGCUAAGGCCGUGAUCCGCCCUUACACCCCUACCAGCGAUGAGGAGACCCCCGGGUACAUCGACCUUGUCGUCAAGGUCUACCCCGACGGAGCCAUGUCCAACUACCUGCACAACAUGAACGUCGGCCAGCGUCUGGACUUCAAGGGCCCUAUCGUCAAGUACCCCUGGGAGACCAACAAGCACAAGCACAUCACCCUGAUUGCCGGUGGUACCGGUAUCACCCCGAUGUACCAGCUGGCCCGUGAGAUCUUCAAGAACCCCGAGGACCAGACCAAGGUCACCCUUGUGUUCGGCAACGUGACCGAGCAGGACAUCCUCCUGAAGAAGGAGUUCGAGGAGCUCGAGAACACCUACCCCCGGCGCUUCCGGGCCUUCUACAUCCUGGACCAGCCCCCCAAGGAGUGGACCGGCGGCAAGGGCUUCAUCAGCAAGGAGCUCCUGAAGACCGUCCUCCCCGAGCCCAAGGAGGAGAACAUCAAGAUCUUCGUGUGCGGUCCCCCCGGCCUGUACAAGGCCAUCAGCGGCCCCAAGAAGAGCCCCGCCGACCAGGGCGAGCUGUCUGGUGUCCUGGCCGAGCUGGGCUACAGCAAGGACCAGGUGUUCAAGUUCUAAGCCAGCUGUGUAUGAUAAAUAUGAAGCUCUCUCUGUUUCUUUUCGGCGAUUACUGUCUCCCACGGGGAGUUGAAUGUGGACCCUUUGCGGGGGUUUAGAAGGCACGUCCUUGUUAUAUUAGAGACCUUGGAUCUAGCGAGCAGUGAUUUUUUUCCUGCGAGUAGGCGCGAAAUGAUAUACCUAG